GUGGGUGGCUCAGGGUGGCUUGUAUGAUGUCGGUGGAGAGAGUGGCAGAUGCCGGAUGAGGUGUGGCUCACUGUAGCCGAACCGAGCAAAAGCUUCCUUGUGGAAAAUGGAUGGCAAGAACACAUCAUUUCCAGUACUGCACCAAGGAAGAACCCGGAGCGUGACUUGUGCGCCGUGGCGAUCAUGUUUCGAAUCGCGACAGGCGCCAGGAACUUCUACAAUUCCCGAAUCAAGUCGCAAAGAGACACGCAUCGGGCAGCAAUCACCUCGUGUGCAACCCCUCGUUCGUCGCUCGUCUUUGCGUGAGAUGCCGAGGAUCGAGACAAUACAAUCGUUCCGAAAUUGCGCGGUAACUCGAAGGUCCAUCCCGAGUUACCGGAUUUCGGAACCACUAAUAAACAUACUUCAAAUUUCAGCAUGUCAAGCCAUCCUGGUCAGACAAUACCCAUGCGAUUCUGACAACGAAGUCUUGAAGAUCGCCUACCGACUUCGCGCCUACCUCUCUAUUGAUAAAAAUAGCACCUUAACUGUGCUCACUAGUUCUGCAACAGAUCCAUAAAGGGGAUUUGUCUUUGCACAUCACCAUAACUAGACCCGCCCUCGUCGCUUUUCUUCAACUGCCGCACCGCAUCCCACAACCAGACCGCCUUUUCGGGUCCCCGGAUUUUGACACGACCGACCCUCAGCGUGGCCCGGUGCUGCCGGCCG